CGCGCGUCCACUCAGUCAGCGUCGAGUCUUCUGAGGAGAGAACUUCAUAUUCACAGAAGCUCCUCCCACAAACCCUGCAGAAUGAAACACACUGAAGAUGCUGAAGAGCAAACAGAGUUGAUUGAAGAAAUCAAAGAGAAUGAAGAAUUGAGUGAAGUUGAGGAGAAAAAUCAUGCUAAAACUGGAGAAAAACCGUUGAGUUGCUCUCAAACCAAACAGAAAGAUUUAAAUCAAAUAAGAGCCAAGAAAUCUUUCACCUGCACUCAGUGUGGGAGGAUUUUCUCAUUCAAACAUCAUCUUGUGCUUCACAUGAGAGUUCAUACUGGAGAGAAACCUUUCACUUGUGAUCAGUGCGGGAAGAGCUUCACUCAAUCAUCAAGCCUUAAGAUACACAUGAACAUCCACACUAGAGAGAAACCACACAAAUGUUCACACUGUGGCAAGAGAUUCAGUCGGUCAGGAGACCUGAAAACACAUGAGAGGAUCCACACUGGAGAGAAACCGUACACAUGUGAUCAGUGCGGGAAGAGUUUCACAAUAAAAAAACACCUUACAGAGCAUAUAAGAGUUCAUACUGGAGAGAAACCAUUCUCUUGUGAUCAGUGUGGGAAGAGUUUCACACAAUCAUCACACCUUAUGUAUCACAUGAACAUCCACACUAGAGAGAAGCUUUAUGCAUGUGAUCAAUGCAGCAAAACAUUUUUGAGAGCUUCAAUCCUGAAGAAUCACCUGAAAGUGCAUUCAAAGGAGAAGCCAUAUUCAUGUCAUUUGUGUGGAAAGAGCUUUUCAUGUCUACAAUAUUUAAAAGAACAUCAGAAAAUACAUACUGCUGUGAGAGAGUAUAUGUGCUUCGAGUGUGAAAAGACUUUUACUUCAGCAAACUGUUUAGAACGGCACCAGAUGAUAAACACUAGAGAGAAACUGUAUAAAUGUUCACACUAUGACAAGAUCUGACACAUCUGAAAACACGAGAAGAUCCACACUGGAGAGAAACUGUAUCACUGCACUACAUGUGGGAAGCGUUUCAAUCAAUCAUCUUCUCUAAACCGUGAUACAAAAAACAAUCACAGUUUUCACCAUCUUCAGAUUCAGCACUUUCAGGUCUGAUGCUGCAAUAAUGCGUCAAACAAUACAAUAUCAUCUGGAUAAGUCUGUCCUAACCAGUCAUUACCAGCAACUAUCUAAAGUUUUCACAGUGAAUAAAGUUCGUCUUCAUCUUCAAAAGCAUCAGAUUCAACUGUGAGAUUCAGAUAAAUUCAAAGAUGGAGUCCCUCCCCAAAGAACAAUGAGUGCGUUUACAUGCACCCUCUUAAUGUGAUUAUGAUGAGAUUUUGGCAAUAUUGCGAUUAAUCUUUACCUCAUGUAAACGCAAUACUUCGAUCUAAAUAAUACGAUUAAGCUCAUAAUCGCAGCAAGCAUAAUCGUAUUAACAUAGGUGGCGUACGCCGAUUUUAAUCGAAAUACACAGGCAUGUAAACACCUUAAUCACAGUAUGGCCGCUCUGACCAAAGUGCGCAUGUGCUUGUGACAUGAAUAAUGUGACACGCACCUGUAAUAAUACGGAGAUUAGAAACGAUGGAGGGGAAGAAAGCAUCGCAUUCUGAGGAAAACACAACAAGCUGCCAGCAGUCUCUGUUCCUUACCCUCAUCCAGAAAAAGCAUGGAAUACAGCCAUACAAAAUCAUUAUGCAUUAGACGUAAAUAAAUUAAAACAGCGACCAACGCUGCUCUUUCUGAGUCCAUCAUUUGUGCUGUCCAGUGGGGUAUGUGAAUAAUGGCAGUAAAAAAAUUAACCACAAUUCUUAGCGAAUAAUAAGAAUAAUGGAAAUUGCAUGUAAACGGGAGUAAGAGCUUUGCUCUUGACAUGUAAACAUCAUAAUGCGAUUAAGUCCUUACUCUGAUUAUUGGAAAUAAUCGCAAUAUUCGUGUGCAUGUAAACGCAGUCAUUGUCACAAAGUUGUAUUCCUGUAUAUAAGUUUGCUUCAUCAUAUAAAUAAUAUCAUUGCGUUUUCUUAUGAGUUUCAUGAGUUUUAUAAUUCUUACAAUGCAUAUAUGUAUCACUUGUACUGUGAGAUCAGGGGUGUGAAGUAAGGAAUUACAAAUACUCACGUUACAGUAAUUAAGUAGUUUUUAUCAGUAAUUGUACUUUGAGUAGUUUAAAAAUUGUGUACUUUUACUUGAGUACAUUUUAAGUGAUGUAUCGGUACUUUUACUCCGCUAUUUUCCUCCGUUUGUGGUCGUUACAUGCUUAUCUUAAUUUUAUUUUUAUCCAUUAAUGUGAUUGGAUAGAGAGAUAGUAAUCGGUCUCGUGACUUUCGUCAAAUCAAAUUGUGCAUAGAAAACUUUACCCGCCACGGCUCAGCAAAGAGACGUGCGUUUGUGUUUUCUUUUGAAAAAGUUUCCCCAGAAAUACUUCGCUAUUUAAUGCAUUUUUCCUUACAAAUCGUUUUAUCAACAUAACAAUUUGAGUAAAUGUGUAAAAGGUAUGAUAUGAUGCCAUCCUUCUAGAACAAUGUGCAUUUAUGUUAAAAUUGUAACAUAAAUUAGGCUAUCUAGUUUAGUUAUUCUUAUUUCUUUACUGCAAAACACUAAAACUGGCACCGUUUUGGAGAGAAAUGGGCUCUCGUUGUAACCCAUAUCAUGGUGUGUGAUGCUGAACUGUGAGUUUCUAAUGGUGUUUGUAUUUGCACUGUUCUAAACAUUAAUAUUUAUGUACAACAACAGCAUGCUGUCUCAGUGGCCUUACACAUGAUUUUAAAUCUAUUUUUCAAACUUUAUGAUUUAAAUGGGGAUGAUUGUACUGAGAAUAACUUUCAUCUUUUCUUCAGCUGAAUACUAUUUCUGUGCUGUUUUGAUGAGUUGGCAGUCAAAAUGAAAACUGCUGGAUGAUAGAUAUUCUUCAUUUUUUAUGACAAACAAGGUAAUGUGAAUUACAGAAUGUACAAAAUGUUUUAAAUGUAUAAAUUGCAGUGUACAGCGUUUAUUAUGAGGGGGUAGAAUCCACUACUCAAUACUCAUGCAUACUUUUAAAUAGGCUACUCUUUUACUCUUCCUCAAGUAGUUUUGUGGACUUCCCCACCUGGCUUGUGGGGGAGUCAUGGCAUAAUGGUUAGAGAGUCGGACUCAUAAUCCAAAGGUUGCGGGUUCAUGUCUCAGGCCGGCAGGAAUUGUAGGAUUGUAGGUGGGGGAGUGAAUGUACAGCGCUCUUUCCACCCUCAAUACCACGACUGAGGUGCCCUUGAGCAAGGCACCGAACCCCCAGCAUAAAUGGCUGCCCACAGGUGUGUUCACGGUGUGUGUGUGUUCACUGCUGUGUGGGAUGGGUUAAAUGCAGAGCACGAAUUCUGAGUAUGGGUCACCAUAUUUGGCUGCAUGUCACGUCACUUUCACUUAGUUGAGUACAGUUAAUUUCUGGCAAUAUCGUCGACUUGCUUGCACAGAUUCUAUUUGACUCUAUUGUUCUCUUGCAUUAUCAGCACACACUGUAAAGCUGAUUUGACACAAUCUGUACUGUAUAAAGCCCUAUAGAAAUAAAGGUGACAGGAGAGCUCAGUAAAUGUUUUUGUGUUUAAUUAUUUUGCAGGGAGGAAGAACUCGCAGCACAGAGGAAAUAGUGAUGAAUAUAUCAAUAUUUUAUUUUAUUUAUUUUUUGAAUCUCUCAACAUUUUACAAUAGUAGCCAGGUGUUGAAGACAAGAAAAAAAGAAACAAAAUUACAAUGUCGGUUGCAAUCGCCACCUGCACUCAUUUCUAUCUGCUUCAUCACUUGCAAUUGACAUAAAUCGUGUGUUGCCAAUGGAGACGGAAUGCCGUGGUGGUUCUCUUUCAUAGGUUCGUUUACGCUGCAAUAGUGUUUGCUAUGGGAACACCUUUGGUGUGAUGAAUAUCUGAAGCCCUUAUACCAUCACGCCAUUUUAUUGGGCAGUAGCACCUAGCAUCGCCCCGAGAAUACAUCACGUAUAUGCUCAUCAGCAUUACACACAAAUUCAUCAGAUUUCACCUACUUCAGGAAGCAGAUUAUCUGUUGUGUUUUGUUGUGUUCGCUACUUUUUAAAGGGGUCAUCGGAUGCAAAAUUCACUUUACAAGUUGUUUGAACAUAAAUGUGUAUUGGAAGUGUGUGUACACAUCUAUCCUAUAAUGAUAAAAAAUCCACCCUGUUUUUUUUUUUUUUUUUUUAAUCCCUAUUUUAAAAUCCCAUUUCUCAAAUCAGGCUGUUCUGAUAUUCCUGUUCUGAUAGAAUGAUGUACAGUGCUCUCCACUAAUAAUGGCACCCUUGGUAAAUAUGAGCAAAGGAGGCUGUGAAAAUAAAUCUUCAUUGUUUACCCUUUUGGUUUUUGUCAGAAUAAAUUCACAAAAUUGAAGUUGGGGGGGAAAUCUCAUUGUGAAAUAAAUGCUUUCUCUAGUUCAUAUUGGCCACAAUUAUUGGCACCCAAUUAUUGCAAUGUCCUUUUCCCAAGAUAGCAACCCUGAGUUUUCUCCUGUAAUGCCUGAAGAGUUUGGAGAACACCUGACAAGAGAUCAGAGACCAUUCCUUCUUGCAGAAUCUCUCCAGAUCCUUCAGAAUAUCAGCUCCAUGUUAGUGCUUCUCUUUAGUUCAGCUCACUCAUUUUCUGUAGGGUUCAGGUCAGAGGACUGGGACAGCCAAAAGCUUCAUUUUGUGACCCAUUUUUGUGUUGAUUUUGAUGUUUGUUUUGGAUUAUUGUCCCAAUGGAAGAUCCAACCAUGGCCCAUUAUAAUAUUUCUAACAGGGUCAGUCAGCUUUAAACAUUUUCAUCUGUUGGAUAUUUGAGAGAAUCCAUGAUGCCAUGCAUCUGAACGAGAUGUCCAGAACCUCCGGCAGAAAAACAGGCCAACAACAUUAAAGAUCCAGCAGUAUAUUUAACCGUGGGCAUACUUACUGCCAAAAAGCUCUUUUUUUUUUUUUUUUUAGUUUCAUCUGACCAUAGAAGACAGUCCCAUUUGAAGUUCCAGUCAUGUCUGACAGCUGCCACAGCCACCUUUGCUCAGAUUUACCAAGGGUGCCAAUAUUAGACCAUACACUCUUAACCCGGAUU